CUAAUGCACAGGCGAAAUCAAUUAUUAUGAAACGUAAAUUACGAUCUACUAGUAAGAAAGGAUCUAAAAAAGGGAAUGUAAAUAACUCUGAUACUGAAGACGAAAUUCCUAUUAGUCUUAAACAAAUUAAUUCUAAUACUAAAAAUGAUGAUAAGGAGAAUGAGUUAACUUCAAGAAUUAGUGAACUUGAAUAUAAAGAACGGGUUCUGGCUUUAAAAGAGCGUGAAAUUGAUCUAAGAGAACGAGAGGCUAAAAUCUAUUUAAUGGAACUAUCAAAUUUUGAGAAGAAGCGUGAGUUAGAAUUUGUUAAAUCUUGA